AUUAAAACCAACCAGCCUGACGAGAGAAGAACCAGUUCUAUCAAGACAGUUGUCUCGUGAAACAGUUUUCAUUCAAUUUUGUUUACAACGAUCGUGAAAUGUACGCGAAAAUUGUAUCGAAAUCGCAGUCGACGUCUCCGAAUGGCACGUGCAAUGAUUUGCCCGCUGAUAAGCCGAGGCUGAUGUACGGGGGGAAUUACAUCAAAGAAGGCAAUGACUCGGCGAAGAAUACUUGUUUGAUCUUCUCACCGAAAGAAGAGGACUCCGUUGGAGCAUUGAGCAGAUAUCUGAAACUUUUCGCUGAACACGAAGUUAAUCUGUUGUAUAUAGAGUCCAGAAGCUCACUUCGUCAAGCGAACGUGUACGAGUUUAUGGUGGAAUGCGCCUCCGGCGGAGAUCUUGGCACGGUGAUCGAAAAUCUACGAGAACAAUCCAGCUAUUUCUCGAUCAUUACCAGGAACCACAAAGACAACAUGGGGACUGUGCCAUGGUUCCCAAGGAGAAUCAGAGAUUUAGACAAGUUUGCCAAUCAGAUCCUCUCUUACGGCGCUGAAUUGGACAGCGAUCAUCCUGGAUUUACCGAUCCUGUUUACCGGCAGAGGCGCAAAUAUUUUGCCGAUUUGGCCUACAAUUACAAACAUGGUCAACCAAUACCAAGGGUGGAGUACACCAAAGAAGAAAUCGAGACAUGGGGCGUGAUUUUUAAAAACUUGAUGAAGCUUUAUCCGAAGUACGCUUGCAAGGAGCAUAAUCACGUGUUCCCUUUGCUCAUUGAAAACUGCGGCUACAGGGAGGACAACAUCCCACAGCUGGAAGACAUAUCAAACUUCUUGAAAGAUUGCACUGGAUUCACUCUUCGACCCGUGGCCGGUCUCUUAUCUUCGCGUGACUUCCUAGCCGGCCUGGCUUUCAGAGUGUUUCACUGCACGCAGUACAUCAGGCACAGCAGCAAACCAUUGUACACGCCUGAACCUGACAUUUGCCACGAAGUACUCGGCCAUGUCCCUUUAUUUGCCGAUCCGUCGUUCGCCCAGUUUUGCCAAGUCGUCGGCAUGGCGUCUCUCGGUGCCCCUGACGAAUACAUUGAGAAAUUAGCCACGUGCUUCUGGUUCACGGUCGAGUUCGGCCUGUGUCGACAAAAUGGCGAGUUGAAGGCGUACGGUGCCGGGCUGCUUUCGUCUUUCGGCGAGCUCGAGUACUGCUUGAGCGGCAAGCCGGAAUUACGAGCUUUCGAGCCAGCGAAGACAGCGUUGCAAAAAUAUCCGAUAACCGAGUAUCAGCCUGUUUAUUUCGUCGCCGAGGACUUCGAAGACGCCAAGCAGAAAAUGAUCAAAUUCGCCGAGAGUAUACCGAGAAAGUUCGGCGUGAGGUACGACCCGUACACUCAGAGCAUUAACAUAAUCGACAGCAAGCACCAGAUCGAGGAUCUUGUGUAUAACGUGAACCAAGAGGUGCAAAUUCUGAUGGACGCUUUAAGAAAACUGAAGCAGUAGGAUUCUCAUUCGCAAUUUCAUCGAUUACUCGCGAUCGCAUCAAGGAACCUUUAUUUGCACGUUGGAUAUGUACGUAGUUCUCAAAUUUUUAUACCAUCGUUUACCAUCGUUACAUGUGGGAACAGUUAUUGUCUUAUAUACGUAAAUAGCCUGUUAGACAUGUUCAUCGCGAUCUGGAUAAUUCAUCGGAUGGUAUAUGAAUUCUGUUUCUUCUCGCAGUAUACGUAUAUAAUAUAUAAUAUGUAUAAUCCAUCUAACAACGAUCAUAAAAUAUAUCGAUUUUGAUGCCACACUCAGGAGGAUAAUACACGUCGUUUCUCUACAGACACGUACAUUUACAAAUAGUCUAUUAUCGUGAGACAUUUACAACAAAAUAUAUUACUUUUUCUUCGUCUUUCAACUAUAUAUAUUAUAUAUAUUAUAUAUAUACAGGGUGGUUCUAUAGCACAAUCUCUCUCGCAAAUCGGUCAUUUACGAAGAAGAAAAACUACUAAAAAUUAAUAACGUAGACACCCUGUACACAUACGCACGUAAAUAUACCCUGUUUUCGAAAAAUCCGGCUCUUCUAACUAUUAGUGGUCCAGCGAAUAAA